AUGCCGGAGGGAGCGGAGGCAGCCCCCCCGCCGAUGCCGGCCAAGGAGGAGGCUCGCCCCCCGCCCGAGGGGGCCAGCUGUGAGCCCGGCCCCGCCGCCGCCGCCCCCCCCGGCUCUCCGUGCCGCCCCCCGCCCGCGGACCCGCUGGACACGCGCAUCGUGAUGGGCGAGGAGACGCGCUGCGCCCCGCCCGAGCCGCGGGGGGGGCCCCCCGUGCCUUGUCCCUUCCCCGCGCCCCCCAAGGAGCCCCCCCCGGGCCGCCCCCCCGCGCUGGACCCCGAGCUCUUCUUCACGGCGCCCUCGACGCCGGUGCGGGCGGGGGGGGCGCGGCCGGUGCCCCCCGAGGAGCCGACGGACGGGGACAGCGAGGGGCUCUGCUCGCCCCCCACGUCCCCCUCGGGCUCCUACAUGACGGCCGAGGGCGGCAGCUGGGGCUCCUCGGGCACCGCCAGCACCUCCCCGUCCUGCUCCCCCAACCUGGCGGCCGAGGCCGAAGGCCUGGGUGAGGCUGAGGGCGAGGCCGAAGGGCUGGGGGGGGCCCUGGGGCUGCCCCCCGGCCUGGGAGACCCCCCGGCCUUCCCCCCGCUGUCCCCCGAGGAGGAGGAUGACGAUGUGGAUGAUGACGACGAGGACGGUCCCUUCGCGCCGCCGGGCUGUGCGGACGACGAGGACGAGGAUGAUGAUGAUGAUGAGGACGGGCAGACGCCGGAGGAGGAGGAGGAGGAUGAGGGCUCGGGGCUGAUCCCGGCGGCGCUGCUCCCGUUCCGCGGCAGCCUCCUCUUCCAGGCCGAGGCCGUGGAGAUCUCACCCCGGGCCGCCCCCGAGGAGGAGGAGGAGGAUGAAGGCAGCACCUCGGCGUCCUUCCUGCGCUCGCUGUCCGAGAGCUCCAUCCCCGAGGGGGGGGACGAGGCCUUCGCCUUCCGCGACGACACCGACGCCUCCUCGGACUCGGCCGCCUACGACGGGGACGAGGACGAGCGGCUCUACGGCAGCGAGCGGCACGCGGGGGACACCGCGACACCCCCGGGGACGCCCCCGGGCUCCCCCGCGCCCCCCGGCGUGGAGCUGCACCUCCGGGCCGGGUCCCCAUGUCACCCCCCCGCUCCCGGAUCCCCGGGGACACCCCCGGCACCCCCCGGAGGGGACGCGCAGCUGGACGGCGACGCCUUUGUCCCCAUCACCGGGGCGUGGCCCCCGGCCGAGCCCCCCGAGGAGGCGGCGGCAGCCGCUGAAGGUUCUGGAGCCGCGCAGGGACCGUGCCCCGAGCUGGCAGGGACCGGCCCUGUCCCCCAGGCCCUGGGGCUCUGUGCCAGGGACACCCAGAGCCACCAGCUGGGGGGCACCAAUGGGGAGCCCCAGGACGGCCCUGGCGGUGACAGUGAUGGUGACAACGACCUUGAGCUCAGCACAGGGACAGUGGGGAGCGCUGACGGCCACAGCGAGCUGGGAUCUGCAGCCACCACCCUGGGGACACCAGUGACACCGACCCCCCUGGAUCAGAUGGACACUGCAGACAAUGACGUGGUGGCACCAGUGACACCCAGCCUGAUGGACUCGGUGGACGCCGACCUGGUGGCACCAGUGACACCAACCCCACUGGACGAGAUGGAUGCUGCAGCCCCCAGCCCGGUGACACCCAGCCCACCUGACACUGACGUGGUGACACCAGGGACACCAACCCCGCUGGACACUGCGGACAGCGAUGUGGUGACAGCCAGCCUGAUGGACAGCACAGCCACCAGCCUGGUGGCACCCAGCCCGUUGGAUGCUGCAGCCCCUGAUGUCGUGGCAUUGGUGACACAAAGGCCACCAGAUGAGCCUGACAGUGUGGCCACCAGCCUGGUGACACCAGUGACACCCAGCCCACCAGAUGAGCCGGACAGUGUGGCCACCAGCCUGGUGACACCAGUGACACCCAGCCCACCAGAUGAGCCAGACAGUGUGGCCACCAGCCUGGUGACAACAGUGACAACAAGCCCUCCAGAUGAGCCGGACAGUGUGGCCACCAGCCUGGUGACAACAGUGACAACAAGCCCUCCAGAUGAGCCGGACAGUGUGGCCACCAGCCUGGUGACAACAGUGACAACAAGCCCACCAGAUGAGCCGGACAGUGUGGCCACCAGCCUGGUGACAACAAGCCCACCAGAUGAGCUGGACACUGUGGCCACCAGCCUGGUGACAACGGUGACACCAAGCUCCCCAGAUGAGCCAGAGGACACCAUGGCCACGGACCUGGUGACACCAACCCCACCGGUGACAGCCAGCCCCCCAGAUGAGCCCGACACUGUGGCCACCAGCCUGGUGACACCAGUGACACCAAGCCCACCGCAUGAGCUGGAUAUCACGGCCACUGACCUGGUGACAGAGGUGACACCCAGCCCGCUGGACAAGAUGGAAGUUGUGGACACUGUCCUGGUGACACCAGUGACACCCACCCUGAUGGCCACUGCAGCCACCAGCCUGGUGACAUCAGUGACACCACCCUCCCUGGAUGAGAGUAGCACUGCGGCCACCGACCUGGUGACAUCGGUGACACCUGCCCUGAUGGACACCAUGGACGCUGCCCCAGUGACCCCGAGCGUGAUGGACACCACGGACACCAGACCGGUGACAUCGGUGACACCAAGCCCCCAGGACGAGACAGCCACCGUGACCCCCGGCUCCAUGGCCCCUGUGACCACUGAGACGGGCACCAUGACCGCCACUGCAGUGACCCCCGACUUGAAGGACCCCGUGACCCCUGCUGUGGUGACCCCCAGCCCCCCGGUCGCUGUCCCUGCCCCGUGUCCCCCUGCCCGGGCCGUGUCCCCCGUGGCGCUGGCAGCCGGGGUGGCCCCGUCCCACGAGUCCCCCGCGUGUCCCCUGGCACAGGCGCCGCUGUCACAGCCCCCCGGGGAUGUCCCUGAGGAGCGGGGGGACGCGGCCACCGCCUCGGCCGAGGGUUUGUCCCCGGCGCUGCCGGACACGUCCCGCACCGGCUCCGGCUUUGUCACCGUCCCCGAGGGGGGAGAGUUCACGGCCUCGGAGCGGGAGGUGUUCGUGGGGACCCCCCCGGCCCCCCCCGAGCUGCUGCCACCACCCGGUGCCUUUUCGGGGCGCGGGGCCGGCCCGGGGGUCACCGCCCAGCUCCGGGGGGCCCCGGGGCUGCCGCCCCCCGCCCCAGAGGAGCCCCCCGCCCCCCGGCCGGGCCCUGAGCCCCCCGGCCACGCUGCAGGGGACACCGAUGCCAAAGUCCCCCCGAGUCCCCCCGGGGCCCCCCCCGAGCAGCAGGAGGAAGAGGAGGCCGUGGGGGGGGUCGCCCCCAGCCCCCUGCCCGCUGCGGGGCCCCCUCCUGAGCCCCCCUGCCCUGCACCCCCCAAACUCAGCCAAGUGCCUCCUCCCAGCCCCCCCAGGCCCGCCCCCGGCCAGGAGCCCCCCCCGGGGCUGCCCCUCUCCAGGAAGCACCUCGAAGGGUCUGGGAACGAGUCCGAGAGCAACGACGAGUCCAUCCCGGAGCUGGAGGAGCCCGAGGGCUCGGAGCUGCCCCCUGCCCAGCCCCAGGUGCCCCUCGGCCACGGCCUCGGGCCCGGGGAGGAGCCGCUCAGCAAAGCCAAGCAGAGCCGCAGCGAGAAGAAGGCCCGCAAGGCCAUGUCCAAGCUGGGGCUGCGGCAGAUCCACGGCGUCACCCGCAUCACCAUCCGCAAGUCCAAGAACAUCCUGUUCGUCAUCUCCAAACCCGACGUGUUCAAGAGCCCCGCCUCCGACAUCUACAUCGUCUUUGGGGAGGCCAAGAUCGAGGACCUGUCCCAGCAAGUGCACAAGGCAGCGGCUGAGAAGUUCAAGGUGCCCCUGGAGCACUCGGCGCUGGUGACCGACGCUGCUCCUGCCCUGGCCAUCAAGGAGGAGAGCGAGGAGGAGGAGGAGGUGGAUGAGACGGGGCUGGAGGUGCGGGACAUCGAGCUGGUGAUGGCCCAGGCCAACGUGUCCCGGCCCAAGGCUGUGAGAGCCCUGAGGCACAACAACAACGACAUCGUCAACGCCAUCAUGGAACUGACCAUGUAGCAGCUGGGGGUGUCCUGGCCCCCUGUAGAGAUGCACAGAGCCCCCCCAGACCCUUCCUCCUGCCCCCCAUCCUCCUCCUGGUCCCUGGACUGCUCAAUAAAGGCCUCCUGCACCCCUUGGAUCGCA